AUGAUUAGUAAAAAGGAAGCACACUCAGCUAAAACUCAAGGAGAAACAACACCGAGCACUCCUGAGUAUGUUGAAAACAAGAAUGAGGGACCAAUAACCCAUAAGACUGAAGAGGCAGUCAAGAGCACGGUGUCCUCUGAGUCUCAGGCUGACGAAGCUGCCCGAAAUACCAAGAACGGCAAACACAACAAUGAUUCUGCCGACGGGCAGGAACAAGAAGUCCGGAUUCACACCAACAUUGCCGAUGAUAACGAAGAUCAGCCAAGAAAGAGGAUGAAGAGAUGCAGCUCCAGGCCGAUGAUGUCGAGAAUACAGAUGAUUCGGCUCAAAAUGGGCAAAGAGACUAAGUCCCAGGCAGACGAUUCCGAAAAUAAAGAAAAAUCUGCCGAGUCCCAGAAGACCGGGAACAAUCCUAGUGACUGGUGCCCAAUCUGCUCUUGCUACCAUUACCGCACGGAGAGAGAGGUCGAGAAGAGCAGUGAAGACUCCUCCGGGAACGAUACCCCGAAAAGCCCCAAAACUCAAGAGAGUGAACUUCUUAAUAGCGCCGUCAAUUUAGAAACGAUCGAGCCUCUCGAAACCGUGAUCAUCCUAACCGUCUCGCGCGCUUCUCAAUACAAAUUCGGCAAAACCCUCCUCGCGCAAGCCAUCUCCAAGAAAGCUGGCCUCCGCAUGCUCAACCUGAGUAGUCCCUCCUUCCGGAACAUGUGGCAUAACGGGGUGCUGGGCAGGAGACCGGAUAUUGAUGCGAAGCAUGUGCGAGCGGAGUUGAGCGAGUUUUUGACUCAGUGGGAUGGGGCAGUGGAGGAUACGGAGAAAGCUAAGACGCCCUUUGUGUUGUUGGCGACGAGUACCCCUUGGGAUCUUUACCCUGCUGCGCUCAGGAGGGCUCCGAUCAAGAUCAUGAUUGGCCUGCCUAGGUGCGAAAAUCUCGUGGGGAUUCUCAAUAUCUAUCCGAGGGAGGAGAAGUUGGAUGAGGAUGCGUCGGUUGAUAUGAUGGCGAGGAGAACGGUGUGCUGCUCAGAGUCGGAUCUCAAGACACUGUGGAACUGCCCCGAAGAGAGGGUUAUCUCAAAGAGGCACUUUGACUUUGCGCUCAAGAAGGCUCGCCCGACGGCUAUUGAUCCGCUCAUGGCACAAUAG